AUGUUCGUGUGGACAGCAGUAGUGACGCUGAUGCUGGCUGGCGCCGGGUGGGCGCUGGAGCAGCCAGGCGCGACCGCGAUGCCAGCCGUGACGGCGACCGCCGACCCCGCCAAGGCGGGCGCUGCUGCGGCGGCGCCGGCCACGGAAGACGCCUGGAGCUACGUGCAGACCUGCGCCGACCGGCCAGACGUCGCUACUUGCCUCGAGGAGAGCGCCGUGCUCGCGCUCAAGCAGCACCUCCCAGCCGGAGGUGCCCGCAGCGAGUCAGAAGAGGAAGAUGACGAUGACCACGGCCUGCUGGACCUGUUGUCGCUGGGCGUGUCGAGGCUCUUCCAGGAUGGCGAGGAGGAAGCUGGCCUGUCCAAGGAGGACGACGAAGAGGAGGGCAGCGAGCAAGAAGAAUCCCAGGAGGCCGGCAGGCAGAUCGACGAAGCCCGAGGCAAGAAGAAGAAGAAGAAGGAGGCGCUGAUGAAGCUCUUCAUGCUGGGCAUGCUCAUCAAGUCGAAGAUCAGCUUGCUGAUGGGCGCGCUCGGCACGAUCCUGCAGCUGAAAUUCCUGGGCCUGGCCGUGCUGAACCUGCUGGUUGGGCUGUUCCGGCUGUGGCUCGAGUGGCUGAACAAGAAGACGCCACAGAAGGUGAUCUACUACGAGCACGCGCAGCACCAGCACCACUACGAGCACGAGCACCACUACGACGACGAGAACAAGGGCGGCUGGUCCGGGCUCUGGAGCCGCAGCAUCGACGGACAGCCCGCCGACGCGCACGCCAUGGCCUACUCGGCGCACCAACCCGCCUCCGGCAACUGAGCUCAGCUGCCACCACACUGCCCACGGCGCAUCGGAAGGCCGAACAGAUAAACCCCUAACAAUCUUUACUAAACUCACGGUUAUCGUAUAGUUUCCCUUUAGUCGUCGCGUCACGUCACGUCACAUUACCCCGUUGCUGAACACAAGACAGCACUCACCUUCCGCGUCCGAGAGAGCAUCACAGAUUACAAUAUCAGUGACAGCACUGAUACAUUAAGGAGAAACAGCUCCAGUACCUCAGUCUCCAACAUUUACGUAUCAUUAUAACAGUAUUGCCAGUAUAAAACUCCACAAAUACUUCCAAAGGAUUAUGUUUAUUUAUUUAUUUAUUUAUUUAUUACAUUCAGUCAAGUAUUCCAAGAACGAAUAUUUUUAACACUUAACAACGAGCUUUAAGCUUCUUUCA